UCUGGCGAUCAGUCCGGUUUUUUAUCAGUCUCUGUGUGCCCAGUCCCUGGUCUACAUGAGGUUCAAAAUAAAUAGUUGUUGGAGGAAUUAAUUAAAAACUGCUACAAAUAACUACGUAGCCACUAAAAAACCGCUUUGUAAGGUGCAAAGAUACCCCUAUACUCGCAAUGAAUUCUUCGGUCCAGCUCCUGGGUCUCGGAGCGAGCGUGCGGGAUCCAGCCGCUCCGAGCGCUGUGCAGGGCGGAGGCGCCAGCCGUGCCGCGGAGGCCGGGAAGCAGCGGACCCAGGUCUGGAGGCGAUGGGAGGGAAGGGCAGAAAAGCAGAUUUAUGAGCGCGCGCAGAGCCGGCGCUCAGUCGGCUUUGUGCAACACAGCGUCGGCCGUCACUCGGAGUCCGGAGCGGGCACGCCCCGCCCCCAGGUGGGCGGACCCGGGACCCGGUGGCGCGGGGGCGGGGCCUGGUUCUCCGCGCCGGGGGCGGGGACGGGCCCGGGUUCUCCGGGCCGGUGCAGGGCCCGGCUGGUCCGCGGGAGCGACCGGAGCCACGGCCACCAAGGGGUGCGACCCCCCACUGGCCCCGCCUUCCCGGCUGCGGUCCAGCCAAUCAGAGCAGCUUUUACUGGCGGGUGGGCCGAGCCGGCCCAGCUGCUCGGAGGCUCUGGCAUGUCGGUUCCCGAUUCUGGUCCCCGGCCCCCAGCAGCGCCUGCCCCCUUCCCACCGGGGCCCCCCAUGAUGCCACCGCCCUUCAUGCCCCCUCCAGGAAUCCCCCCACCCUUUCCUCCAAUGGGGCUGCCCCCCAUGAGUCAGAGACCACCAGCCAUCCCCCCUAUGCCACCUGGUAUCAUGCCCCCAAUGCUUCCACCAAUGGGGGCGCCACCUCCACUCACACAGAUACCAGGAAUGGUGCCUCCCAUGAUGCCAGGAAUGCUGAUGCCAGCGGUACCUGUCACCGCCGCGACGGCUCCGGGUGCGGACACCGCCAGCUCUGUUGUGGCUGGGACAGGUCCUCCGAGGGCUCUAUGGAGUGAGCAUGUGGCCCCUGAUGGGCGCAUCUACUACUACAAUGCUGACGACAAGCAGUCCGUGUGGGAGAAGCCCAGCGUGCUCAAGUCCAAGGCAGAGCUGCUGCUGUCCCAGUGUCCCUGGAAAGAGUACAAGUCUGACACAGGCAAAUCUUACUAUUACAACAACCGGAGCAAGGAAUCCCGCUGGACUCGGCCCAAGGACCUGGAUGACCUGGAGGCUCUAGUCAAACAAGAGGCUGCAGGGAAACAGCAGCAGCAGCCGCCACAGCCUCCUCAGCCACAGCCUGACCCCCCACCUGUGCCACCGGGCCCCACCUCUGUGCCCACUAGCAUCCUAGAACCUGAACCAGGUGGGAGUGAAGAUUGCAAUAUGUCAGAGGCUGUCCAGCCUGUGGAGCAGGGGUUCCUGCAGCAGCUGGAGGAGGGUCCCAGCAGUUCUGGACAGCAUCAGCCACCACAGCAGGAGGAAGAGGAAUCAAAGCCAGAACCAGAGAGGUCUGGCCUCAGCUGGAGUAACCGAGAGAAGGCAAAACAGGCCUUCAAGGAGCUACUGAGGGACAAGGCUGUCCCCUCCAACGCCUCGUGGGAACAGGCCAUGAAGAUGGUGGUCACCGACCCCCGUUACAGUGCCUUACCCAAACUGAGUGAGAAAAAGCAGGCAUUCAAUGCCUACAAGGCGCAGCGGGAGAAGGAGGAGAAGGAAGAGGCCCGGCUAAAGGCCAAGGAGGCCAAGCAGACCUUGCAGCAUUUCCUGGAGCAGCAUGAACGCAUGACCUCCACCACCCGCUACCGGCGGGCAGAACAGACCUUUGGGGAGUUGGAGGUCUGGGCUGUGGUCCCUGAGAGGGAUCGAAAAGAAGUUUAUGAUGAUGUCCUCUUCUUUCUGGCCAAGAAGGAGAAGGAACAGGCCAAGCAGCUCCGGCGUCGCAAUAUCCAAGCCCUGAAGAGCAUCCUGGAUGGGAUGAGUAGCGUCAACUUCCAAACCACAUGGUCCCAGGCCCAGCAGUACCUCAUGGAUAAUCCCAGCUUUGCACAGGACCAUCAGCUGCAGAACAUGGACAAGGAAGAUGCAUUGAUCUGCUUUGAGGAGCAUAUCCGGGCUUUGGAGAGAGAGGAGGAAGAGGAGCGGGAGCGGGCCCGGCUUCGGGAGCGGCGCCAACAACGCAAGAACCGGGAGGCCUUUCAGACCUUCCUGGACGAGCUGCACGAGACAGGGCAGCUGCAUUCUAUGUCCACCUGGAUGGAGCUGUACCCAGCAGUCAGCACUGAUGUCCGCUUUGCCAACAUGCUGGGCCAGCCGGGCUCCACCCCUCUGGACUUGUUCAAGUUCUAUGUGGAGGAGUUGAAGGCACGAUUCCAUGAUGAGAAGAAGAUCAUUAAGGACAUCCUUAAGGACCGGGGCUUCUGCGUGGAGGUGAACACAGCCUUUGAGGACUUCGCCCAUGUCAUAAGCUUUGACAAGAGGGCUGCUGCGCUGGACGCAGGCAACAUCAAGCUGACCUUCAAUAGUCUGCUGGAGAAAGCAGAGGCACGAGAGAGAGAGCGGGAGAAGGAGGAGGCACGAAGGAUGCGGCGCAGGGAAGCUGCCUUUCGAAGCAUGCUGAGGCAGGCUGUGCCUGCUGUGGAGCUGGGCACUGCCUGGGAAGAGGUCCGUGAGCGCUUUGUGUGCGACUCAGCCUUUGAGCAGAUAACCCUGGAGUCGGAGCGGAUCCGGCUCUUCCGGGAGUUCCUGCAGGUACUGGAGACUGAGUGCCAGCACCUCCACACCAAAGGCCGAAAACACAGCAGGAAGGGCAAGAAGCACCAUCGCAAGCGUUCCCACUCGCCCUCAGAGGGAGAUUUCUUUGGCCCCAGAUCCUCCUCUCAGUCUCCAGUUCCCAGGCUGAAAGGCUCCAGAGGCCAGAGCGCCUCAGCACUGACAUGUAUCUGCUGGUCUGCCCAGGGCUCUGAGUCAGAAGAGGAGGAACUGCCCCCACCGUCUCUCCGGCCCCCCAAACGGAGGAGGCGGAACCCCUCAGAGUCAGGCUCUGAGCCUUCUUCCUCACUUGAUUCAGUUGAAAGUGGGGGUGCUGCCCUUGGAGGACGGGGCUCCCCAUCCUCCCGCCUUUUCCUUGGAUCAGAUCAUGGCCUUCGGAAAGCCAAGAAACCAAAAAAGAAAACUAAGAAGAGAAGACACAAGUCGGUGCGUAGAGAAGGAACGUCUACCCGAGGCCCUGCUAUUUUAACAGUCCUGAGAGCGAGACAGACCCCGAGGAGAAAGCUGGCAAGGAGAGUGACGAGAAAGAACCAGAACAGGACAAGGACAGGGAGCUCCGGCGGGCAGAGCUCCCUAACCGCUCCCCAGCUUUUGGAAUCAAGAAGGAGAAGACGGGCUGGGACACGUCGGAAAGUGAGCUGAGCGAGGGUGAGCUGGAAAGGCGGCGGCGGACGCUCCUGCAGCAGCUGGACGACCACCAAUGACCCGAUGAGCUGCUCUGACUCUGGUCUGCACGAGGCUAUGACUCCUAGGUCACCCUCACUGUCUGCCCCAGACUCCUUCCUCAGUCUGGUCUGUGUCCACUUUUCUUCAGUAACCCCACCCCAACACACCUUUGCCAGCACCUCCCAAGGUGUUCAGGGGCCUCCCCACUUCCCAGACAACUAGUGCAGUCCUUGCCCUCAGCCCUAGACCAGAGAUUGGUGGUGUAUGCCAUGUGGGGUGGGUGGUGCCAGUAGAUAAAAUGUGAGAAGGGGCCUCCAGGGAAGAGUGACAGGCUGGUGACAGGCAGGGUCCUUACCCUCUAGCAUCAGUGCCUGCUCCUGCCUGCCCGGGACCUGGGGCUCAACAACUACUUUCAGCCCUGGGACCCAGUAUAUGUGUGUUCUGUUUUGUUUUUGUUUUUUAAAUAACAAUAUUUAUAACAUG